AUGGCAGUUGCAGUGGUUGUGUACUCUAUAACUGUGUGUAACCGUGGUUUGUUCGGCCGAAACAAAAAGCAAUUAUUAUUAGCGGAGAGUGUGUUUAGGCGGUGGAGAAGGCGGCGGAGGCGGACUCGGUCGGUGAAUUUAUUACCGCGCGAGGCCGCGAACAGUCGAGCGGCGGUCGACGAUACGUAUACUGUAAUAAUAUACAAAAACGAUAACCGUAUUGUGGCGGAGGAGGUGGUCUCGGUGUGCGCAAAAAGCGCGGAAAAGUUGUGCGUGCUGUUUGUAUUACCGGGAAAAAAAAAAAAAACGAACGACUAUCAAUUAUUAUAUGUGUGCGAAAUUAUCGUAUCGCCGGAAAAAUGAGAAUAUGUUUAAUAUACAAGUACGGCGGCGGGAUUAGAGGGGAGAGGAGUUCGUUCCCCUUGCGACGGACGAAAUCGUAGAAAACAUAACGUAAAAUAUUGCAAUAUUGUUGCAGCAUCGUCCGGGGCCUUCCGAUAGUCCGUGUCCGAAAAGCGAUCGAAAACGACCCUAAAAUUAUUUGUUAUUUCCGUUAUCGCCGGGCAGUCUCUAUUUAUUUUUUUCCCCCGACGAAAAGCAAACAUGCAUAAGUACUAUUAUUACUCCGCAGCCGGUUAGUUCUUCCGGUUUUGAAAAUCGUGAAAAACGUUGUUUUGUAAGCCAAAGUAGAACUCCGCGAAUCGUGAAAUGUAUUAAUUGUUUCGAAAAAAAAAAAAAAAAAAAACUGACGUUAAACGCCUCGCUAAAGACGAACAAAAAAACCAAUAGUUUUAAAUAAAAGACCGCGUCAUCUGUGCCGGACAACUUAUAAGCACUAAUAUAAGAGCGAACAGCAGUAAAAAAAAAAAAAAAAAUUACUGUUUUCGAUUUAUUUUUUAUGUUUUAAUCUAAAAUGCAUAUAAUUUGAUUUUUUUUUUUUUUUUUUGGUAUACACGCCUUAACAUCGCGGUGGCAAUGGGAAGGCGAGGUGGCCUGACAAAUGGAAAACCGGGACAUGACUAUAUUAUUAAACCUAUUUUACUUCCUCUUCGAUCUUUCGAUUGGUCGGCCAGCGGCUCUCCACGCUUCUCUGCCAGAACUCGAAUCUUUCAAUUCGCAGAUAAUUUUUCAUUCUCGUGUGUUAUUUCCUCAAGAAUUUUCGGUACAUUAUAAUAAUAUAUCCUCGGUCUUUUUCUUUCAAUUUUAUAUUUAUACGUUUAAUAAUUAUUUACCUACUCCUGCGAAUGACAUCAAGGCGAUUGAAUGUUCAGGCGAAAAAAAAUAGACGAAAGCGAUUGGUUCGUCAGCGACGACUCGACUAGGUUAUUUACUUUCGACUCCGAUAUCCGCAGGUAUAUACGCUCUAAAGUCUAAAGUUUUGGGUGUUUUAUGUUACUGGACAACUCUGUCUGAAGAAGAUGGCUCAAUAUAUGUUAUAUAAGUAUUAAAACAACGUACACAUAGAUUAUAAUUUAAUGGUAUAGGCGAACCCUGCGGUUCGACAUUUUAGACCGGCCGCGUAAUUUUAUUUGAUUUAAUACUUAUAUAAUCCCGAAGUCGAGGACGGCUCGGAGCUUAAUACCACCCCGCCCCCCGUCCUCGGUUUGUUCCGAGUUGUUUACCGGCCGAAACGUCGUACGUUUGACUUUCUGCGCAUCGCUGAUUAAUCGUAUGUGUACAUAGUUUUCUGGGGAAAUAAAACAAUUUUGAAUAACUCUUUUAAAAAAAAAUUGUUUUAUUGAAUAUGAAAACUAAAUGGUAUGCCAUUAAUAGUCCAAAAGUUAAUAGCUUUGUGAUUUAAAAUUAAUAACCGUGUGCACAUAAUGGAUCUUUGCAACAUCUGUCUGGGAAUCGCAACAAUUUCUUAAUGAAUUUUGAUUUUCAACUCUUAGAUUAUUAAAGAACAAGUGGUUUUUUACACCCUGUUUUUAUAGCGGUCUUUACGCCAUACGCCUGUUGUGAACCGACACCCGUUGAACCUUGAUUGCCAAACGGCAGUUGUAUAGUUAGGUGUGUUGAAAAUCAUUCACAGGUCCGCCGUUUUACUAGGGCUACAGCCCUGCCAACUUUGAUUUCAAAUUUUCCCGUUUCCCUAGAAGACCAAUGCAAUCUAAAUGACAAACUUUAUCCGGAAUUCCGAUCAAGUCUAUUGAAUCCUAUAUAUUUAUUUGAAUCCGCAAUUGUAGAUUUAUAACUGAACAAGAAACUUUACUACAGCCCAUUACGUGGCACAGUAAACAAUUCGGGGCUAUACAGCAUAGCGUCUACCAAAUUACACGAUAAGAAAUUGCUCUAUUGUCAAAUUUCAGUGAAAUAGAAAAAUGUCUAAAACAAAUAUAAUUCGUAUAUUAUAGAAGACGUGUUUUCGUGUGCGUGAACUGCGUUAGUUUUGUGUAUAGACUAAUACGCCCCGGAUAAUUGAAAAAUGAUCAGUGGCCCGGGGAUAAUUUUGACUCCACUCGGAGGGGGACAUCGUGAUUAUACAAGCAAAUAUUGUAUCGAUCAUUACACGAAAUUAUUAUACUAAUCACUCUGUUUCGAUUUGUAUGUUCGAAUAGUGCCGUCAAGCAAUUUGUGGAGUGCUGCAAGACUGAGACAUCAGAGACAUCUGACAUUGGACAAGUCUCCGCACGCCGAACCUUACAUAUCAGACGACUACACCAUGAAUCCGGUAAGUGUUUGACAUAAAAAUAUUAUUAAAAAAUAACAAUAAUACCUAAUAACCUUUUAGCGAUCCGUUCGUAAUAUACACUUUUUCCAGACACAAAUCUAUCGUGGUUUUGAAACUGUUUUUUAUUCAAAUGUGUUGCGUUAAAACCAAUUUUUGUAUUCUAAUUGUGCAUUUUUGUAUUCUAAUUGUGCAUGUUCAAUUACGGAUGCUCCACUCGAAUUUAAGACAGUUGAAAUGUUUCGAUUUUCGGUUUCCUCACGUGUAUUUACGAGGAAGCUGUUCGGUAUUUUUCGGGUUAGUAUAAAAAAAAAAAAAUGUCCUUCAUAGUCUACGGACAUUCCGCCUGAUGGUUUUUAUUUUACAUUUCCGGUUGAGUUUUCCAUUUGGUGCAGGGUAAAGUCGCUUCACGAUUUUCGAUUUACGAUUGUGUAUAUAGGAACCUCAACGGGUCAGCUACCUAUAUAGUAUGUUUCCUAUACACCGCAGCCCGACGAGAAAAACGGCACAGCAUAAAAUGCCAAUUUUGAGGUUAUUUCAGCAAUAAAAAUGUGUCGUGUACCUCCGUACCACUUGUGGUAAAAAAACGUCACAGUUCUAACUCACAAAUUAUCCGCCAGUUGUGGAAAUUUUACAUUUAGACUAGCUAAAAUUAUAUAUUCAUCACGACCUGUGUACUUUGAUUAUAGUAUUUCUCAAUCACUGUAUUUGUGUAGUUUAGUCAUUUUUCUCGCCGAGAUGCGAUGGUGUAUGGCGAAAUUGUUCCGCCGCUCUAAUUAUAUUGAUUUAAAUUUCAAUUGUAUUCGACCUACACGAAGUUGUGUUGUUACGUAUAGUAGUAUUUAUUGAUUAUCCCAUCGAUUUUAGCAUAAUUAUUAAUUCAUUUCAGGUAUACUUUUGUGUACACACGGUGAGUCAUGUACAGCGCUAUACUUGGGCUCGUUCCAUAAAAAAAUACGUGUUGUAUAAACCGCGCCUAUAAUAUUUUAUUACGUCGUUUAAACAUAUUUUCUGUACCGCGGCAUGUGCGUAUCGUUUUUCGACAAUGAAAAAAAAAAAGGAGGGGGGAGAAUAAAAAUAAUAAUAGCUCAUCGAUUUUUUUUGCCACUUUUUUUACUCGACGCGACAUUCCAACAAUAUAAUACGUAUAUAGGCUUUUCGGUGGCGGUUAACGUGCAGCCAGCUAUAUUAGCUUGUCGUGCGAUGUCAAAACGAAACUUGUUUCGAAACUUGGCAGCACGCGUGCAUGGGCGCGUUUCGGCGGAUUGUUUGGUUUUUUUUUUCUUUCUUUAUUUUUUCCUUCGGAAAUCACGAAUGUUUAAACUAGAUCAUUUUUUUCCCCAUGCGAAAUUUACUACCAGAAUCUCGCGCACGCGUGACUUUUUUCCAUACAUUUGCGAUUUAUUUCUCGCUUUGAUAACGCCCAAAUAUUUAGGUGUUUUAUCGAUUGUACGUGUAUUCGAUUAAAAAUACAUCGUCAUAUUGCCUAUUGUAAUAAGCAAUAACGCACGAAAUAUCGUAAUAACUUAAAAUGUUUUUAUCUAGUAGCUACUGAAUAAUAGGUAUCUAACCUGAUUUAUGGUGAUUUUCGGAAACGGCUUUUCCUAGUUAUUGUCUAUAUCAUAUAAUGUAUCGUUAAAUAAAUUUGUUGAAUUUUUAAAUGCACGCUAAACAACAAUUUCGAACAAUGCGUUUUGUUUUUAUAUAUAUAUAUACAUACCUAUACUUCCUUGUUGAUAUAUUUAUAAUGAUUUUAAUAAUUUUUUGGUGUUACGUGUUGUUGAAUUUCAGUCGGUUCGAAAACAAAUUUGCUAAAGACCUUGUGUUAGAUUUCUUGUUUAUUUAGCGAAACCUCGUAUGAACAAGUGAAUUUCGCGGUAAACAAUAUCCAUUGUAAUCCAAUAAUAGGUUUUAUUUGGUUAUAUCAGCGGUCGGCAAUAGGCGACCGGAUCUUUACUUUAACGUUGGUUUUUUGUUUUCAUUAUUUGUCUCGGUGUAGAUCCAGAAGCGUCCGUCCGAACGUAUAUUUUAUAUUUUUAUGAUGUAUUUGGUAAAUACAAUGGCGAUUAUUGUUGUUUACUAACUAAUAAAUUUGUGUUUUUUCUGGAGUUGUUGAAUAAGACGGAACUUUAAAAUAUAAUAAAGUCAACAGAUGGUUGACCUUUUUUUCUAGAGAGGGGGGGGAGGGAAACACUAAUGAUACCCGAAACUACAAACACUCGUACAUAUACCACACGAGAAGGAAUUAGUAAAUUAAGCACGAGCAAUUCGUUUAUUUGUAAAUAACGAAUAUUGUAUUGUGUACCUAAACGAAAACGUUUUAUAAUUUUUAGAUUUCAAGUGUAUAACGAUGAUGUAAUAUUAGUAUUACUGGGAUGUGAUGGUUUCUUUUUUCUCGGAAAACAUUUUUUCGUCGUUUAAACGGUAAAAAACGUUCCAAACCAUUCUCCGUCAUACAUUAAACCAAGGGUUCUCAACCUUGUGGAAUCCGGCCCGCCUUUGAAACUAUUCCAUCAGGUAUUGUCUUCCUCCCUCCCUCUACAUCAACAUCACUACAAGAUUGAAAGAUAUUUUUGUAUACAUUUUUAUGUUCCGUGGGUUUUUUUUUUAAAACAAAUUUUCAACGUUUCCCCAUAUUGGAAAAUAGCCCCCUAGAUUGAGAACUCAUACGUUAAACGGUGCGCAUUUUUCAACAGAAACUGACAACGAAUGACGGUACGUUGGUUUUUUUUUUUGUUUGUUUAUUGAUAUUUAGGUUACAAAAGGGAAAAAACCCGUCACCAAUAGACUAAUAUUGUGUGUUGUAACCUUACCGGUUUGUUUUCAUCAUCGUGUAUUAUAUAUACAUAAACUAAAUUAUCCAGCUACACCUUGCUUAUACGUUCCACCCACAACGGCCGCCUCUAUCGCCCGCGGUGCGAAACGUAUCGGGAAUUUUUUUUUUCUCGUGCACGUUUAAAAUUAUCCGUUGAAAUAGAUUUCUCCGCAACGGUAGUUGUUCGCUCUGUCGAUUUUACUAUAUUUAAAUGUACGAUUAUAUAUUACACGUAAUGUAUUUAGCAGCAAUUAUAUUGCAAUCCGAGUAAAUUAUAAUUUGUGUACAUUUGAAAAUCGGCAAUCCGGGACCGUUCAACUAGGUAGUCAAAGGUAUGUCCGUAUACCGAAAUGGCCAAUCGAAAUAUGCCCAACCGAUAACACGGCCAGGUAUUAGAUUCUGAGCGAAAUCAAAAAUAUGUAUUGGUUUUACAAUGAUCUUUAUAUAUAUAUAGAUUUGUAUACGUAAACAGUUUUUCUGAAAGGUAAUUUCAUCUGGAUGGUACUUUAGAGAGGUCAUUUUUUUGGUUUUCCAAGCGGUUUUCAUAAUAAAAAUGAAGAAAAACGGUAAAAGUACAAAAUGUAUUAUUUUCAAUUUUGUUUUUUGUUGUACUUCAGUUAAAAAUAUUCAUAGAGACUUGAAAUUUGGACAGUAGGCUUAUAGGCCUAUAUUGCCUUUUUUUGACAUGGUCAAAUUUUCAAUUAUUUUGGCCAUUUUAAGCUACUUAUAGACAUUUUAAUUUUGCGAUUUACGUAAUUUUUAUUUAGUAGGUUACUUUGUGGAUAACAUUUUUAGACAAAACAAAAAUACUUGAAUAUUUAAAAGAAAGUUAAAUUAUGUCGUGCUUUGUAAUAAAAACAAAAACAAAAAAAAAAAAUUGAGUGGUAAUGCAGAAUUUUUAUCAUUUGUAAUCGUUGCGUACAGAUGUACAUUUACAAUUUCCCUCUAUACAGACUGUCCACGAAGAUAUACCCCUUAAAUAUCUCCGAAGAUGAUAAAGAUAAUCAAAUUCUGUUUUUUUUUUUUUUUAUAUAUAUAUAUUACUCACAAGGAUGAGGACUGCAAAUAUUUAUAUUUGCGUUGAAUUUUUUUUUUUUUUUUUUAGAAAAAAAAACAAAAUUUUUUUUUUUUUUUUUAUCUCCGGAAAUAUUCAAUGGGUAUCUCUUCGUGGGGCUGCCUGUAUAUCCUAUACCUUUCCGAAUUCUCAUCUAAUCUCGUCUUUUCGAUUUGAUUCUCAAAAUUCGGUCGCGACCAUAUUUUCUUCCGGCCUUUUUUUAAUCGUCCAUAAUAUCCUGUGACCCCCAUUAUGGACAUCUCCCCCGUAUCAUUUCGACGACCAGUGCGGAUCGUCGACGUUCCGACAAAUCCGCGGCUUAUAAGUUCGGUUUAAACAGUCGGUAAAUCGACUGCGGCCGUGCAACGACGACACCUCUUCCCCGUUUUCUCUCGCUCCCGUACCGGCUUUGGCGGUUCAACAUUUCCACCGGCGAAAUUUCGUACGAUAUUGUUUUACGAUGUGGCAAUGUGCACGCUCGUUUUCCGAGUGUUACCCGUCGUGGGCAUAUAUCAUAGAAAGUGUUUUUUUUCCGCCAUAUUUUCAUUUUUCUCUACUCCCGGACGUGCGUUUUACGCGAUACAAUACACCCACCGCCGCGUAUGCAUAAAAUAUUUAUAUACGUGCCGCUGCAAUUGUAGGCGUAUUGCAGUGUGUGUGUAUGUAUGUAUGUGUGUGUGUAAAUAAUAAUAAUAAUCAUAUAAUACGAUAUUGCAUUUUGUCCCGCGGCUGCGUGUCCGUACGAGUUUAACAGAAGUUUUUUUUCGAACAUCUUUUCAUUCAAUUUACUGUGGUAUAUAGCGGCGACAGUGCAGUGUACUAUCUUUUAUAGAUAUCGUUUUACACGCCGCCGCGUUUAUAUAAUGUACGCGUAUAUUAUAUUGUAAUAAUAUAUAGGUAUAUUAUUGUGUAUAAUGUUACGCCGGGAUUCACGACGGACAGACUGUUAUUUUUGUUCGCGGACACACGGCGGUACACCGUUUUUUACAAUUGAAAACUAAUAUUCUCAACGAAAAACGCGAUCGGUUUUAAUUUACCAAAAAAAAAAAUUCACAUUUGAAGCAGCGGCCGCUCACUUUUAUAAUCCAGAGUACGUCCCCGAUUGAACUUGUAAUUUCCCCGUUUCCCCCCUCUCCCACAGAUAGUUCUAGCGACCCCUAGCUAGGCGGCAAUAUCGUCCGUUUUGGGAACCACUGUUAUAAUUCAAAACGUUUAUUGUACCGAAUCACCGUUGAGACCGGAAAAUAAAGGGAAAUGAAUUGCCGAAGACGAAAUUAUAAAGUAAAAAAAAAUGUCUGCAUUCGACUCAACCCUUUCUCCCCGAAACCAAAGUUUCUAUAUAUAUAUAUAUAUAGGGAGAGAGAGAGAGAGAGAGAGAGAGAAAGAAAGAAAGAAAGAAAGAGUAAUUGUAUAUAUUAUUAAACUUUAACGUAUAUUUUAAUAUUACGUAGUUGUGGAAUUUACAGAAGAAAAAAAAAACGGAAUAAAAUUUUACGAUAUGCCCGCACUAGGUGGCGGUAAUACGGUAACGGUUUUCUACGAACGAUGGGACGAGAUUUGAGCGGGCGCGCGCGCGUGUGAGUGUGUGUAAUAGUACUGUGGCGGAACGAACGUAUUUUUUUUUUUAAAAAAACAUUUUUUUUUCCCCCUAUACUCAUCGCGAGCUCUUUUUUUCAUAUUUAUAUACAUAUAGAGCUGUGUAGUGAUGUGUUUAUUGUAUAUAUAUAUACAUACAUAUAUUGUUCCGUCUCUCGGCGCCGGUCUUCACCCCCACCCCCUCCCCGAUCGUCUCGUAGAUUUUGUUGGCUGCCGUGCGUAUUAAUUACGAAAAUUGCCCAGAGGAUUGCGUGCCACUCCGUUAUCAUUAUUAUUAUAUGAUACGUAUAUAGUCGGUGUAUACGAUAAUAGGCGCAAUAAUAUUAUGCCAUUUAUUUCGUAUACACAGAAUACGCUCGAGGUCCAAAUCAAAAUAAUAUUAUGCAUUACAAACAGUAUAAAGGCCUAAAGGGCCAUUCGCACCGGAGCUUUUAUAGCGUCGACCGAUGAUCAGAUCACGAGGUUAGGUUUUUGUAUUGAUACCGUAUAGAACGAUAAAAAAAUGGACUUAUUAUAGUAGAGAGAUUAAGAAGAGAGACGGAAAGAGGUCCGAGAACCAAUAUUGUUAGUAUUUCACUCGUUUAUGGGAUAGAGAAGUUUAACAGCAAAAAUAACCUUAUCAACUCUGUCUCAUAGGGCGUCAGAUAUAUUUUUUUUUCUUACUGUCCGUCGGAUGCGUCGAGAAACAAUCGUAUUGGAUAUUAUGUUUUUCCGCUGAACAUCGAAAUUUUAACGGAUUUCUAAUUUGAUUGAACAUCAUCAUGUCUAAUUAUACGAUAGAACUAGGAGCACAUGAAAUAUUGGUACUAAAGUGUAUAGGCAAUUAUAUACGACGGGAACAAAAUAUUCGACGAUAUCUCAAAGCUGAAAUUUCGUUUCUAUUGUUUUAUUUCGACGUUUUAAAUUUUAUUGCGUAUUAAAAUUAUUAUUUCUUUUUCGUCUACCAUUUCGGACCUACGACUAUAUCGAUUUCGUCUCCGAUAACUGGUUAACAAGAUCCUUAUAACCUCCCCAUGUAUAUAAUCCUUGUUAUAUGAAUUCACUGCACAGUUCGCCUACGUAGAUAAUAUUUUUGCGGGAUUUACGCGCGACGUCAUCUGUUGUUGCUUUUGUUGUAAGAAUAGUUUCGAAAAUGAUGGGCGGGUUUGACGAGAUAAUAAUAUAUGGACCUCCGAUUCCGAUCGACUCUUGUCGCUCGCCAAAGUUUUAAUAUCGGACGAGAAAAUGUAAUAACAAUAAUGCGCGCUCCGAACGAAGGUGCCUAGGGGCCAAAACAUUAUUAAUAAUAAUGAUAAUAUAAUAACGAGGCAUCACGAGACACUAUUCGACAAUAUUAUACAGACACACGAAAAUAAUACAUAAAUAAAGCCCGAGGGGGUAAGUAUAAUACUGCAGUGUCUGUUGUUUAUAAUUCAUUACGCGUAUGCUGUCGGUGCCUUUCAAAGGGCGUUCGUUUCGGUGACUUUUUUGGGAGAGGAGGAGGAGUGUUCUGUUCGCGGAAAAAAACGAUAAUCUCCAUCGAAGUGCAGGCUUUCCUCGGUAACUGACUGUGUCCGUAUCAAAUUAAUAUAUAGGUACGCCUGUAACUAUCGACGACCAAUUAGUAAUAAGACUGUCGAACUGUUCGACAGAUUUCCCCAAUUAAACUAUUCGGAAGUGUUGUUCGAUGGGUUUAGAAUGUCUGUUUUGUUCCGGAAUGACGCUCGGCCAUUUCGGGCAAAUAAGUAAAUAAGUGUCCCGUUUACAUCCUAUCUGGUAAUACUUGUGGGCUAUCGACGACAAAAAUAGGAACUCCCUAUACGAUACAUACAGUCAGUGGAUCUCUUAAAUAGCAUUUUUAAAACCUUCUCGGGAGGUAGUAUCCUGCAGUGCCGUGAGGAUUAUAAAGUCCAUGCGGUUCACACGGCACGUAUACAGAGUGAUCGACGUAGCGCGUAUGGCACUGUCAUUAUCUCGGAAAGUAUUGACUUGUUUAGACAAUUUAAAAAUAAAGAAACCCAAAAGCUGCUCUCAAACGUUACGUUACCGUUAUUUUUGGCCGACCUUAUUUUUGGGUGUCAAACCGCUUUCGAUUUUCAAAUAGUAACCUGUGUUGAACAUUCCGUGUAAAUAGACAAAGUUUUAAUUGAAAUAAAUGUCGGUUUCUUACAUUAUUUUAUGUUUAUCGUCCUGUAUAAUAAGUAAACGAGUGAAUUGACCGAGCCAAUCUCUUCGAAUAGCUGUACUUGCUUCGUGUGUGGUCAUCGUUUACUUAAAACACUUCGCGCCGCGAUAAAUCGGACGGGUUUUAUACUCGACUCCGUACUUCAAAAGCUACACGAUGUGAAUAUACAAUACUUGCCGAUUCAUUUGCUUCGUGGGUGGAAGCAAACACGUAUAUUAUACAAAAUGUACUUCGACGAACUCGGCUUGCUUGUUUUUACUCGUGAACCGGACGCGGCUGCGUAUAAAAUACUAUAUUUUAUGUGCACGUCUCGAUCGUUCUUCUUAUAAUUUUCGUUUUUAUUACGCGACGAUGAGAAACGAAUCAAUAAACCGCAAUCGCCAUUAUACAAAUAUAACAGGGUGAUCAUUAUAUUAUACGCCUACGAAGAUUAUUGUAUGCAUAAUAUAUUCCCGUUUCACUUUUGCAGAAACGCGUAUUUGAUUAUUUGUCUUAUUUGUGGAUAACUUUAACUAGCGGAUAUGUGGUGUUUUUCUAUAAGGGAUACCGGGGAAAACUUCGAAACAUUUGCGAACACUAAAUACUAAACGCUAUUCGACGUGUUUCGAAAUCGAAUUCACUCGAAACCUCGAGAAUAGACGACCGCUGAUAAAAAAUAAAAAAAUAAAAUUACCCUGUACAUUAUAAUAAUAUACACCGCGGCAUUGGUUCGUUCCAGUUCGUUACGUUCGACGUACUGCAGUAGGACGACUCGCGGGUUCAAGGAUUACUCGUUUAAUCUUCUUUGGUCUGUCAAAACGCGUCACUCUAUAUAUUAUUAUUAUUAUUAUUAUUAUUAUUAUUAUUAUUAUUAUUAUUAUUAUUAUUAUUGUUAUCAUUAUUAUACAAUAUGGCCGCCGCCGAAUUGACGCGUUGCACAGUCCGAUGAUAUUUUUUUUUUCCAAACGGAAUAUUCCGUACGGAUAUUGUUAUCGAUUAUUAUUAUUAUUAUUGUUAUUGUUAUUGUUAUUGUGUCGAAUUCGUCUUUAUUAUCAUAUUGAUUGAUAGUAUAAUAUUAUAUCAUAGCGAAUCAGAAACGAACGGCGAUGUUGUGCACAUGUUGUAUAUACGUACUAUAUAAUAUUUUGUGUCGCGCGACGACAAAUUUUCGACUGCAUCCAAUUUCGUAAAAACAAUUUAACAACAAUACGCGUCUUAUAUUAUAUUCUUUACCGCGUUGUGUUUUUUUUUUUUUAUCUGAUAUUGUUACCGUCAUCGCUCCGUUCAAUCCACGAAUCUAACAAUAGAAUAUAUAUCGUCGUUGCGGUACCGUAUGAAAUAUAUUAUCAUCAUCGUUGUCAGUUUUCGAUCAAACUAUAUUGAGGUUUAUAUUGCGUAUAACCGAAAUGAUAUCUCGCAGUCACGUUUACCCGGGUUUCUCACGGGCAAAGUAUGACGAAAACGGAAUCGCGUAAAACACGCGAAAAAGCCUUUUGAAAUCCGUUUCCGGAGACCUGUAUGAUAAAAAUUGAAUUGGGUGCAAACACGCGUUUCGAAGGCGUACCGCGUCGGCGUUUUUUGAAAUAUCAAUUAAACUGUGGGUGCGAGUAUAAUAUUAUAAAUAAACACCCGUGAGCGGCAGAGCUCCGUCACUAGAGACGAAUAUUUUCCCACCGGCCGGUGCUCGCCGUUAUUACACAGUAGGUAUUUCAUUAAUUGUCGUGUUUAUUGAUCGUAAAUAUAUAAAUAUAUACGUAAUUAUGGUCGCCAGAGUUGUAUUCGAUGUUAGUGUGAUACAACGGGUGUUUAAAAUCCUAAAUUAUACUCUAUUUUCGCGGGGCAUACAAAUAGUUGGCGAUGAGGUUGAAUGCUGAAACCAUCAAAAGGCACUUCGUUGAUACUUACACCACGCAUAUACAUUGCGAUUUAUAAAACCGCAUCUCUCGGGCUUCAAUCGUGGGGUCUGAGUGUGACGGGUUACAAACGAUUCCUCGUUAACAUUUUAAAAAUAGUACCGGCGUUAGUGAGUUUAAUAAUAAUUAGAAAAUUAUAAAACGUCGAUGACGAUGGUGAGGGUUUGUCUUCGAAACGUUGCGGCCGUCUACGAAUAGUUUAUAAUUGACGGGUUACCUCUUAAACACUGAUUUCGAAGGCUUUUUAUCGGUUGUUUUUUUGACAUAAAUAUCUGAAUAAAAAUGAAUGUAUUUCCGAUAUGAUGACGGAAAUAAUCUUGAGAUCGUUACAUUCGGCACCACAGGUGUCCCGCUCGCUAUUCGGAGGUUUUUUUUUUCUGUUUAUUAUAAUCGUUUAUAAUCGUCUGAAAUUGCAAUCGUUCUUGAGCGAGUAGUCGGUCUUCUAUUCUUGUUCAGUUUGUCGUCGGUCUGUCGGACACGAUUGCUGCCAUCACAAAGCCAUUUCUCUAGCUGUGUUGCACGCCGAAUCAAAACUAGCGUUUUUUUUUUUUUUUUUUUUUUUUUUUUUUUUUUUUUUUUUUUUUUUCUACUAAACGCGAGUUUAUGUAGAGUUUAAAUCAACGUGCAUAGCGAUAUGAUUAUUAUAAUUAAUUUCGUCUGUUGUCGUAUUAAUUCGUACGCGGGAGAUCCGGCUGAACCAUUUAAAUUCCAUUUAGGAUUUAUAAUCCCUUUUCAGACUCAUCGCGAGUCACACUGUACUCUACAACGUGUUUAAAAAGUACUCGGUAAUGUAAAAAAAAAAAAACACUCAUUAAAAAUCGUUUAAAAUCACUAGACAGUCCGCGCGAGUCUUUGUCGGUCGCUUUAAUAAUACUAUUCUUUCCGCCAACUUUCCCACAGCCCGCCCGCGCGCCAGAUGACUAAUUGUUUUAAAAGACAUUUUUUUUUUUUACCGCGCUCCUCUUCACACCUCUCAUCGGCACGGGACACGCUAUUAUUUAUUGUUAUUAUUAUUUUUAAUCUUUCUCGCCCCGUGUACUGCAACUUUUCCGGUAUUUUUUUUUUUUCAUUUCUUUAAUAUAUAAUUACGAUUUUCCCGCGCGCCAAGUGUUUUCAGAUCGUCGCAGCCGCGUUUCGCGAAUUCCGCUGAUGUAAUAACGGCGGUUUUUCGCGCUUCCAUCCGCGAAAAACAAGUUUUCUACCGGGAGACUUUUUAUACACAAUAUACUACAGUAUAAUAUAUCCUCGCUGCGAUCGAAAACAUAAUAUAGCGCAGGUUUCUCGGGGCGUAUUGAAUCUCGAGUCGGCGCAACGAAGACAUUUUUUUUAUUAUUAUUAUUAUUAUUAUUAUUAUUUUUUAUUACCUUGUAUUCGUACUCGUAUUUGACCACGGGGAAAAACCGAACAAUUAUAAAUGACGUCCAAAAAAAUAAAAUAAAUAAAUAUUUAACCCUAUACUUCUGUACCGCCGUAUUUCGUUCGUUAUUUUAUACCGUACUGGCUACGGUAAUAUAGCUGCGUAACUAAUUGCACUAUAUCAUACGGAUUUUCGUUCAAAAUCGUUUUUUUUUUUUUUUUUCAAGCGAUGAAUUUUCGUCGCGUACAAUAGGUAUAACUCGAAUUGCUCUACUAUACCAAUGACGUACCCUUCAUGUUUUUUUAUUUUUUUUUUUUUUCGUUCUCAUUUUAUCAAAUCGACGCGAUUGCCGUCGAGAGGUUCCCAGCUAUACGUCCCGACGCGCUCCCGCGUACGCGUAUAAUAAUAACAGGUAUGUUCUUCGCGUCCCGUAUUAAUUAUAUAAUCCUUUGCCCCUCCCCUCUAACCACCACGACCACGCCCCCUCCCCUCCGUCCAUCCCCCGACCAUCGGUUUAUCACUCGGUGCGGCGAUGACAGACCGUUAUCCUGUGCUUACGGAUAUCGAGUAUCAACGCGCCGUCGAAAAGGUCAUAUAAUAUUAUAAGCCCGUCCGCGCGGCGUUGUAAUUCGAUAUCACGGCCAAUUCGCCCCGAUGAAAGCGGCAUUUCGCGCAGUGUUCUCGUGUUUGUACGUGCACCGUUCGCAAUGUACACAAUAUAUGCAUAUAAUAAUAACACACGACGUGGGGGAGGGGGAGGGGGGGGGGCGAAACCGCCGUACAUUGCGAGUACGCCGCCGCUGCUGUGCGUACAGAGAGGAGAGACCUCUCGGUUUUCGACAUCAAUAACGUUUCCGGUUUUGCGUUUGUUCGCAGGUCCAGGGCAGAGGGUCCGGGCAGAAAACCGGAUUGACGGUGCAGGAUAACCACAAGCCGGUGUUUACGAAAUGUUUGGAUUACCAGCCCAGCGUGAAGGAAGAACAGCCGACCAAUACCUACGUGUUCACCGUGAGUAUACGUAAUAUUUGUAGUAUGUUGUUAUUAUUAUUUUUUUUUAUUUACGAUAGGUAAGUACGUAGAUCCGUGUAUAAUAUAUUGUAGCGAUGGAAAAAAGACCCCCAUUAUUCGAAUCGGGUAUGCGAGAUAUCGCGUUACGGUUAUGUUAUUGACGUAUAUACGGGUCAGGGUUGCCAACCGGAUUUCUGGUGCUACGGCCAGUUAUGAAUUGUACAAUAAAGGUAUCUUAAUAAUAAUGUCUUUCAACUGGACGUCGAAUUUCCCGGUUUUUACGUGGCUCGCGCUUAUUAACGGUUUGUACGAAAAAUGUUUCGUCUUCGAAUUCGAACGUAUUAUAUUGUCUAUUUUAUUUCGAAUUUAUACCGAUAUUAAUAACGUAUGACCAAAGACGUAAUUACACUAGAAGGGAAAUUGGAGAGAGGUCUGAUCACCCGUCUCCCACCAUUAUCUUUUUUUUCUUUCAUAACGUAUACACAAUUUUAUAUGUAGAUUAAAACAAAAAAUAAUAAAAUCUACCUCACGAGGAAAUGUUUUGCCACCGAACUCCGCGGCGCAUACGAAAUUUACGCGUACACCACUAAUUGUUAUAGCCAAAAUCUUGUUGUUUGUGUCCACUGUCCAGUUGUGAAUCGCCAAAAUAAAGUUGAAUUUCUAAUUUAUUCGGGCUACUUGAACAUUAUUUACACGCGUAUUUUAUACCGGUAAAUUGAUUAUUAUUUACACGAAUUUGCCUUUAAAUACAGGCGGAUUGUAUUAUGAUGAUAAUCUGAUGGUGGCGGUCUUCAAGAUGUCUCCCAUUGUGUAAACUCGUGUAUUUUGUUAUGACGACGUUUGUCGUAAAUACGACUGCGUGUAUAAACAUUGAAUUGGCAUCGCCCAAACGGACAACGUUAACACCGAUAAACAAUAUAAUCGACAUGUUAAUUAUUUGGCUUGUUUGCACUGCGGAUAUUUCAAUAUUCUCGUUAAAGAGGGCGAAUAUAAUGAUGGCACCGAACCAAACGAUAUGUUAUUGCAGGUAGUGUGGCGAUCGGUUAAGAAGACAAUUUAUCGUCUAGCCUCUAGCACAUCAUUGAUUUUCAGUAUUUGAUAAAAACAAAACGCUUAUGCCAACGCGAAACAGACAAAAAUACCGUUUUCAGACGAUUUGUUAAGGAUAAACUUCCCAUUAUAUAAAAAAUGUCAUACAUGACGCCUCGUCCUUGUUUGAUAAUUAUUAUUUAUAUUACUGUCUAUUCCAUUUAAUUCAAAGUCAGGAAAAUCAAAACUACGUCGGUGUCCCUAAAUAUAGUUGAUACAUUAAAAAAAAACCCGAACGUAUAAAUUUUAAUGUUUAAAACGAAACCUAUCCGAAUAACUGUAUGAAGGAGAUGAGGUUAGUACUUAAACAGUGAAUAAUUACCGACUUAAAGUUCAACGAAAAUUUUAGGGAAAAAUAAUUUUUAAAUUGCUUACAAAAAUAUAUACAUUUUUUAAAAAAGUGUCUUUAAUAUGACACGAUUUUCAAAUCCAAUAUAUCCAUUCUUAACAAAAUCCUAAGUACGCCGUUGCAUUGACACGUCUAGUUUAAUAUAAUAUAUCGUUGCUUAUAUACUGUAAACAAUGCAUAUAUCAGUUCAGUUUUUAUAGUUUUACAGGAUAAUCAAAAAACAUUUAAGAAAUAAACAUUUGUCUCAAAAUGUUGAGACAACAACGCUUGUCUCAACUUCAUCGAUCACUAUUAGCCGAGAUAAAAGUUUUUUUAAUAAUGUGACGUUUUCGUGAAUUACAGUAUAACCACUAGUCUAACAAAACAAAAAUGUUUAAAUUCCGGAUUAUUGCGGUCCGAAGUUUUACGUUCCAGAAUUUUAUCAUUCCAGAAAAUAUGAUCUACCUGUCUUUAUUAUAUAGUUUCCAAUACACUAUAAUUUUAACGUAGAUCCUAUUUCUAUACGAUUUAUUUUUAUUAAUUUCAUAAAUUAUAGUCUCGUUUUAUAAUUAAAUGCGAAUUAAAAUACGAUAUUUGCGGUUCUACUUUAUUACAUUUCUCGCGUAUAAUUACUCACUAUACUGCAGCUUCCGUGAAACCACUCGAUCAAUAAAAACAUUUACAGCUCAACAAAAAAAAAAAAUAAUAAAAACCACUCGGCGUUCUCAUUUAAAGCGCGCACUUGAGUUUGAAAAUUGGUUAAUCGUUUUUUGAUUUGUAUUUAUUUUUAUAUGUAUAUAAAAAUGUAUAAAAAAAAAUAUAAAGUCUUUUAAUACGCUUUGAAGAGAAAAAAAAACGAAUAACUACGAGAAUCGAUUGGCGUAUAUCGAUCAAAGAGAACCCCUCUAUAUUAAUUAUUUAUUCCUUUUAAUUAGACAAUUUUUCAUUAUUAUUAUUAUUUUUUUUUGGUCGGUCAUUUUAAUCACUUUAAUUGAAAUAUUAUAGUUUCUGCUGCGGUAAGUCCGAGAUGUCAAUUAAUUGUAUUGUACCCGUUAAACGUCUGUCAUCCCUUUCCACUUUCGAUUUUUUUUUUUUUUUUACACUGAAUCAACGUUUUAAUAAACAAAAAUCGUGUAACGGGUAUAGCUGAUAUCUGUGCAAUUAAUUCACAGUUUACCGACGCAUAUGAAACGCGUUUAAAACGAAAAGCAUACAAUGAAAAUGAAAAUUUCGCAGUCAGCAGAACAAGUUGUCACAUAUACAUUGGGAGUAGAAUUUUACCGUUGCUCGAUUUUCGUACAAUUGAAAUAUUGAAAUAUUCAUUGUAAGGCCAAUAAAUUAACCGUGUAACAAUAUCGCUACACUAGACUAAACGACUUCCGAAACCUGUGGCGGAUCGAGACAAUUGUUAUUGGGAAUGAUGCAUACCUACAUUAUAAAAUCUGACCACCUGCUUUUAUUUUAAACGUCGGCAUUACCCUCCCCCCCCUCCUCCGGGCAAACGGAGGGAGUGUAUAUACAAUGCGUAUGGUCACGUUUAUGGAGUCGUCGUUCGAGUGAAGUGUUCAUUAAACAUGUUUCUAAUGCACAAAUUUACGUACAAUGUAUAUACAGGUGGGGGAUGUCUAUUUUCAAGUUCUUAAAAUUCAUCCCUGGACAUACCGUACCCUUAAUCCGGCCUUGACUACUAGUACAGUAAAUAAUACAAUUUGAGAUAUUCAGUAUAAUGUACCCGUAAUUUACCGACUUAAUUAUUAAACACUAACAAUACUGAUGUAUUAUAAGUUAUAUAUACAUUUGAAAUCACCAAACGCCUUCACACCAUAAACCAUACCAUUCCUCCCCCUUAUAUUUCUCGAGAGUUCGGUGAGCCUCUUGUAAGUGCACGUUCAAGCCGCAUCUGUUCAGAACGGAAAUUUUAGUAAAAAAAAAAAAUAUUAGCUGUAUAGUUAAAAGUUCACGUCUUCAAUAAAUACGUCCUUGACACUGACGCAAUACAUAUACGAUGAUAUAAUUCGUUCAGGGAUUUGUACAGGAACGUUCAAAUUCAUAUUGAAAUUCGACCAGAAUUCCAUUAUUGUUAUUAUGAAGAAAAAAAAAUGCGCGUUAAAGUGAGAGGUGUGUUUUAAAAAUUGAUUUAUUAUAUUCGCAGGCGAUUUACAUCGAAUUUCGGAAAAUUCGUAUUCUCGUUUCGACGAUCGGAUCAAUAUAUUACGUACCUACUGUGUCGAUUUUUGUUUUCCGCCGCGUUGACCGGACGUGACUUUAAUAUAAUACCAAACCGCAUUUCCCGGGAUAUGAUGUAAACGAGAUCCCUGGCGCAAAUUAUAUUUUCGCGAUCUCCUCGCCCCUCCACGUGUACCCUCUCCGACGACGAAAUAUUAUAUACAAACAAAACACUAUUAUUAUUAUUAUUUUUAUGCGCGUAUAUCCGCGGGAGCAACGCCCAUCGAAUUUCAACUUCCAAAAACCGCACACCCCGGCCGAUUGACCCUUCCGAAACACCGCGGGGCCGCAAGUUUAAUAAUAACAAUGGCAUAUACAUAUACGUACUCGUCAUUUCGACGCCGUCGACAACUUGUUCCGAACACUGCACUUAAGACCUCCCGUAUAUAUAUAUAUAUAUAUUUUUUUUUUUUACUGUCGCGAAAAACGGCGGCCGUAAAAAUACACGCGAUUGAUUCGUUUAACUUAUAUUGUUGUGUUAUUUUUCCGCGCACAAAAUAUAUCGUUUGCCGCUUUUUCCGCUCUCCGGCGGAUAAAUGCGUUAGACGAACUUUUCCACAAGCGAUUCGCUUUUCGAAUUUCGAUAACAAUCAAGCCGUUCGGAGAAGGGAAAAAAAACGCCCAUAAAAAAGAAACUAUUCGCGUUUUACGUAUAUACAAUUUUGUUUAAGCCGCGGCCCGACGAUGUGAAAACGUUAUCGUUUUUCUAUAGAAAAUCCGACGGAAAACCAACGCUAGAAAUCUGCGGUUGUCGUGGUUCGGUGAGAUAUUUAGUGCGAACAAUUAUUUUUCGAAUUAAAAUUUCCGCGUAAUUUCUAGACGAACCGCUGCCUCGAUAGCGUGUUCUGAUCAAUUCUUAUUGGUUGCGAAGACCUCGCGACCGACCAAUCGCGUCCAAACUGUACGCGAUAUACGAGAGGUCUUUUUUUUAUCGUAUCACGUAUAUUAUUAAUUCUGAUUUUUUUUUCUCUCCGCACUGCAGGUCAAAGCGGAUGACAAGGACCCGCCGGACAACGGAGGGACCAUCACAUACACGUUCGUCAGCGCUCCGGGCGAACGUUCGAAGUUCUCGAUCGACGCCCAGACCGGAGUGAUCACCACCCGAUACGUGAGCAUUAUUAUUAAUAUGAAAUACCGCAAGACCCUGCACGGCCUUCUGUAUGGUGAAUUUAAAUUUCGUUGUUUAUUUUUUUUUCUCUCGGACAGAUGUUCGACCGCGACGAACCCACACGCGAAAAACAAGUGUACCUGACGGUCAGGGCCACGGACAACGGGAAACCGCACUUGGACGACGUGUGCACCAUCAAAGUGACCGUCCAAGACGAGAACGACAAUUCGCCGGUUUUCGACAAAGUGGUAAGGAUUCAGAUUCGAUUAUAGGCUCUUUACACUAAUAUUGCCCGAUUAACCCGCAAUAAUAAUACACUAUAACCAUCCGUACCCCGGGUCCGUAUAUAUUUUAUUCAUGUACGCAUUUUCUAACGUAUCGAAUCAGGUCUUCCGAGGAUUCAACUACAAGGUAUAAUUAACAUUUGCAUGCUGCGCCGUCAUUAUAAAAAAUUAGAUUUCGUCGUUUCACUUUCUCGAAUCGCAUAGUUAUUGUUUUUUUUUCUCUCUUUUGUUUGCAUGCCAUUUUUGAAAAAACUUUUGUUUUUGUUUAUAUUUAGAGAUAACGAGCCGCGAUACAAUAUUAUAAUAAUAUACUUAGAUUAAAAAAAUUGAUUUUACUUUCAUUGAAAACGAAAACAAGUGAGUAUAGUGUAUAAGCAAUAUGUUCGUUUUCCGGCGGUCAAAUUUGCAUUUAAAAAUAUUAUAUUAUCGCACCGCUCGUUCGAUAUAUUACAGUGUUGUGAUACCGACGACGAGAGCUUUUUAAUAAUAUAACGAAUAUCGCGUAUGUAUCGUGUUUUGUAUGUACCGCGUUUUUUCGCCAUUACUGUUUGUUUUGCAGCAUUUGCGUGUAUACAUAUAAUUUGCCGCUUUUAUACGAUAUCGUGUGUAACAUGUAUGCUUAUACUCGGUGGGUUUUUUUUUUUUUUUUGUUUUAUCAAGAAUUACAUGGAAUCCGUACCCCAAGACCUGUCGCCCGAAAGCGAAGUGAUGAGGAUAUCGGCUACCGAUAUCGACGACGGUAUAAACAGCGCAAUACAAUACGACCUGUCCCCCAGAGUGACGGUGGACUCGGGCUAUUUCCGAAUCGAUCCGAACACCGGCGUUAUCUAUUUAAGUCGCACGAUCGACGUAAGUAAAUCUCUAUGAUAUACAGUCGAAUAUAAACAUAAUACGUUUACAUAACAAAAUUGCAUGUUCAACACUAUACUGAAUUCGAUGUGUGUGUUUUUUUCCCCGUGCGAUUUCCAGAAAGAUCCUAGUUACAAAUUCAAAAUGCGGGCCACCGCCACCGAUCAAGGUGUAGUUCCUAGGUCGGCCACGAUGGAUCUGGAGAUCAUGGUGGUCGAAUCGCACAAGAAAGCGCCUACUUUCAUAUCCGUGGAGCCCGAAGGGACCAUUUAUCUGCCGGAGAACCUCACGGAUUUCAAUUACAACAUAGCCACCAUUAAAGCGGCGUAAGUCCCACCAGCAGUGUAUACAUAGUUCGUGUAAUAUAUGCAUAUAAUUGGCGCGAUUCCGAUUUUCAACUCGGAUAGUGCGGGGCUAAUGAUUUAUUUCGUUUGGCUUAACCCGUGCCUAUCCCGAUAUUGUGCCUAUAUACGCGAAUACUAAUUUUUUUUUUUAAACAAAAAUAGACGAUUUUGAAUAUUAUAUAUAUUCGAUUGAUAAAAUACCGAAAUAUUUUAGAUCGAACACGGACGAAAAAUCGUUGUUUUUCGAAUUGGUGCCCGGCCGGACGGAACAGUCGAACAAAUUGAACACGUUCAGAUUGGAAUCCGAUGGCAACUCCGCCAACAUCAGACUGUCUAGGCACAUGGACUACGAAUCGAUAUCCGAGUACAUUCUCAACAUCCGUAUACAGGUGAGAUUAUGUUACAAUAUGACGUUUGUGUGUAUUAUUCAUAGAAAAUUCUAUACAUCUUCGUAUGAGUGCAGCAAAUGAUUUGAAUAUAAACGGAGAUUUAUCAUUGUAUGUGGUAUAUGACGCAUCUAUGCGUGUGUACGUAGUUGGGGAUUUGCGAAAUUCUUUAAAAAGUAUUAAAAUUGGAGGGGUGGAACUCUGGUAUAAUAAAAUAUAUAGUCGGUAGGAUUAAAGACCAGCGGAAAUCAUCGUAAGUGAAAUAACAUGCACGUAUUAAAAAAAAAAAAAAACAAACAAAAAACCCCAUAACCGAAUCCAUAAUAUUGAGAAUACCGCGUUAGCUCUGUGAAUAGUAUCGUUCCAAUUCAAUUUCCCGUCAACGGCGAAAAGCUCGGUGAAACUUUAUUACAUUGUACGAUUACGCAAUGUUUGUACUAACUGUCCCGAAAAGGGUGUUCCGGGUAAGAUCAAGGGGUAUGAUAAAAUAUUGUACGGCUACUUCUAAUACGAGUUUUAUCCCCCACGCGACAUAUCUAUCCCAAUAUCCGUUUGAAACGCGUCUUACCCCGUUAUAAAAUCCGUCUGCGACUCCGCCACCUUGGAACGUUGGGUUGCGUUACGCAUAUGUUCGGUUAAUAACGACCGUUUUUUUUUUUUUUUUUUGGUACAUAUUUAUUUAUUUUUGUUCGUUUCUCGGUUUCAGAACAAACACAACCUGGCGGCCGAACACCAGUUGAACAUCCAGCUGGAGGACGUCAACGACAACAUGCCCGUGUUCACCGAGGUGGUGUCCGGGUCCGUGCUCGAAAACGAACCCGCCGGCACGGCCGUGAUGCAAGUGCGGGCCAUCGACGCCGACUCCACCGUCGCCAACAACCGGGUCACGUACGAACUGGCCGACAACCGCGAGUAUUUCGCGAUCGACCAGUACACCGGUAACAUCACCACGCUGGUGACGUUCGACCGGGAGAAACAGGACAUCUACAACGUCAAGGUGGUGGCCACGGACAACGCGCCGUCGGCCCUCUACAGCACCGGGCAGCACAACAAGGGUGAGUUCGCGUUCGCGGUGUCCCCUCCGGACCCGUGUCGGGUUCCGUUCGGUUCGGUUCGGUUAGGUUAUCGGUUGGGUCUCUCGUCCGUCGGAGUCGAUUUCUCCGCCGCCGCCUGCCCCUCCUCUCACCCCUCCCCCGCCCAAUCGAUUCGGAUUGACGCGUUCCGAAUCGAUACGUACGGACAAAACUGCGUAUACGCCGCCCGGGGCGUUACAUAUUGUUAUUCGCUUGUAUCAUAAUAUUUAUAUACAUUUCUACACAAGUGUGUGUUCCGCGUGCGUGCGUAAUGGUUGUCCCGCGCCGUUUCGAGCCCGUAAAAACGGGCGCGGAAACGGUUUUUCAACGUCGCGAAUUUCCAAUGCUAUUAACGGACCCACGGCGGACGAUGGUUUUACCGACCGCGUCAGACUUCUCGACCCCCUGGGAUGUUCCGCACUCGAUUAUAUACCUAACGCCGAGCAUGUACGUGGGCGGAUUUAAACGAUAUACCCACUGCGGGGCUGACGGCACACCGUUGUUUUUACGCGUUGUCUAUGCAGAGAAAAAAUAUAUAUAUAUAUAUAAAUAAAUAAAAGCAUUUUUUAUUUAAUCGACGAAACGUAAAUAAAUUAAGUAAAAAAAAAAUAACGAACUUGAAUAAUUAAAAUUUUUUUUUUUUAAAAAAAAAAACCCCAUUAAUAACGAUUACUAUUAUAUAGGCGGGCAUGUAAUAUUAAAUUCGUUUAUUAUGCGUCCCGUUCGAGAUUAGUCGUACUUUUGUUGUUUUUUUUUUAAUCCACCUGAUGUACGUCCGACUCUCGACAAAUCCGCUAUCGCCGCGCAUGAGACUGACAUGCCGGCGGUAAUAGCAAACGAAUAAUAUAGUAGUUAGCUUUUUUUUUCUUUUUUUUUUUUUGUACUAUAUUCUGACCAGUCGCGCGUCGUCCGUUGUUCGGCCCUCGUUAAUAAUAUUAUUCAGGACUGAUAGUCACUCAUAAGAAUAAUUCCAAAAGUCGUUUAUUCAAAAAAAAUCCAUUGAAGAAUUGACUUAUAAUACGAUUACGUUAUCAGCUGUAUAUUUCGAAUUCAUAUUAACACCGUGGUUUGAUUUUUGUUAUUAUAUAUUACAUACUAUUUGUUCGGUUAAAUUUUUAGAAUUAAAAUAUAAAUUUAACAAAAAAAAAAUAUAUAUAUAUAUAUAAGUAGGCGUUUCACGAUUUAUGGCUGUCGGACUCGUGAUGUUUUCGAUUGAACGGUUUAAUUGUUAUUUUGACUUUAAGAUAAACGAACCUUUGUCAACGCUAAAUAACUCGAUUAACUCCAAAUAAUUUCAAAACAAAUUUUGAUGAUUUAUCACUCGUUAAUAAAAAUAAUAUCUGCAACUUUUUUUGACAGUUUUAUAAAAAUUAAUCAGUACUCCGUAUAUUAUUAUACGUGUAGGGUCAUUGUGAUUAAUUAUUUUGUUACAUUUCUCAACCAGGCGAACAAGUAUUCCGUAUCGAAAUAGCUGACAAAAACGACCAUCCGCCCCGUUUCACCCAAACCGUGUACGAAGCCGAGGAAAUACCCGAAGACGCGAACCUUAAUGCUUUGGUCACCGAAGUCAAAGCUCUGGACGACGACACGGCCUCGCCGGUCACCUACAGCAUCACCGAGGGCAAUAGCUUCAAUGCAUUCCUGAUCGAAAGUACUACCGGCAAAAUCAAAGUCAACAGCCAACUGGACUACGAAAAUAUAACCAACGUGAGUGUUGAACUGAUUACCGGAUGAUGCACGAACAUAAAAAUUUUAAGCAUUUUUUUUUUUAAUUUUUUUUUUUUUUUUUUUUUAAAAAAAAAUUUGUACAGUACGUACUGAGAGUGAGAGCGUUCGACGGAGCUUACGAAGAUUAUUGCACAGUCGCGAUAAAAAUUUCAAACGUCAACGACAACCCGCCAGUGUUCAAACCGUACGAGGGCAACAUUACGAUCACGGAAGAAGAACUCGUGCCCGGCUGUAUCACCAGGGUUAGACAUUUUUUUUUCUUUUAAAACAAAAAAUCAAAAAGUUAUUUCACGGUGUAGGAAAAAUUCCGUUUUGGUUGUGAACAAAAUUUAAACUUCGGAAAUGGGUUUCAAAAAUAAAUCUCGUCCAUUCUGUACACGACAAAUUAUUAUUUAAAUAUUUUUACGAAGCCGAUUUAAAAUUUGUUAACCGUUAUGUUAUGUAUUUGUACCCUCAAGUUUAUUGUGUAUCAAUGAAAUCAACCGUAAUUUUAAAACGCCCUUUCAAUUUUCAAACCGUGCAAUUACACAUUUUAUAAAAUACACAUGGUUGUCUUGCAGUUGGAAGCAUACGAUCCAGAUAUCCAAGACCGGAACGUCGACCAGCGCAUCGUGUACUCCGUGAUAAAGGAAGACCAAAGGAAAUUAAUGACCAUCGACAAAAACGGAUGUUUGUCUCUCAUCAAACCUCUCGAUCGAGAUCCGCCCAACGGUUACGCUACGUGGCAAGUGAUCAUUCAAGCCAGCGACGAAGGCGGCGGUCCCAAAAGUUUACAAAAAACUACCGAAGUCAUUAUCGUCCUCCGAGAUAUUAACGACAACGCACCGUAUUUGGAUAUGGUAAGUUAUUUAAUUAUGUAUAUUAGAUACUCGUAUAUAUAUAAAAAAAAAACCCCGAACUGUUUUAUUGUGUUCUCUCAUCCUGACAAUUUAUAGUUAUUCAUUUUUUUUUCCAAUACAUAAUAUUUUUGUUCGUGUUUCAUUUUAUGAAUAUAUUACUUAUUAAUAAAAUAACGUUAAUCUGAACAUAUAUAUGUAUGUAUACCUACAUGUUGAAAACGAUUAUGUCGAUAGGUGGCCAAUCUGUGACAAGUAACUGGUUUUUUUCUUCUAAUACGUUAAAUUUUAUUCUAGCCUCAACAAGUGGUUUGGCGUGAAAAUCAAUCGCCCGGAACAAUAACGAGUUUGAAUGCCAAAGAUAAUGAUGGGCCGGAAAAUGGUGGUCCGUUUGAAUUUUCAAUCUCUCCCGAUGCCACUUACGAGAUCCAAACUAAAUUUUCCGUUUCUGGUUCGUGAAAUUAUAAUUUUUUUUUUUUUAUUUUAUUUAAAUAUGAAUUUUAACCAUCAUGUUAUUACUCUUUAGGUGGCGAUCUGUUGGCCUUGACCACGUUCGAUCGAGAAGAGAAAAAGUUUUACAACAUACCUAUUAUGAUUUCCGACAGCGGCAUACCCAGAAUGACAGGGACGAGUAUGCUUAAAGUAGUGAUUGGUGACGAGAACGAUAACCCUAUGAAAGAAGGAAGAAGCACCAUAUUCGUGUACACGUACAAAGGUGAAUCUCCCGACAUGGAAAUUGGACGUGUGUAUGUUGACGAUUUGGACGAUUGGGAUUUGCCAGACAAAAAGUUCAAAUGGCUUCAUGGGCCCCACGAACGUUUUGACCUUAAAUCGGAAACGGGCAUGAUCACCAUGCUCCAAAACACCAAGGAGCAGACGUAUGUUUUAGAGUUUGAUGUCACGGAGCACGGGGCCAAGAUUCCCAGGCAUACGGUGAAUUCUACUGUUGUUGUCACCGUGAAGGAAAUACCAGAAGAAGCGGUCGAUAAGUCGGGAUCGGUUCGAAUGGCGGGGAUUUCUGCCGAAGAAUUUAUUACACCUGGUCCAGUAUGUAUUACAAUAUUUAUAAAUGAUAGCUAAGAAUAAUUUAUGAUUAAAAUAUUUACAAUGAUUUAAAAAAAAAAAAAUUUCAGGAUAAUAUUAGUAAAGCUACCGUGCUGAAAGAGCGAUUAGCUUUGAUUUUAAACGCUAGUGUCGAAAACGUCGAUGUAUUCACUAUUUUGCAUUCUCCCCACAAUCCCAAUAUUACUCAAUUGGAUGUACGGUUUUCUGCACAUGGUUCGCCAUAUUACCAGCCAGAGAAAAUCAAUGCCGCUAUCGAUAAACAUCAAGCUGAAGUAAGCCAAAAAAAAAAAAAAUUUGAUUAUAAAAUAAUAAUUGCAAUGUUGUUCAAUUGUUGUUUUAAAUUUGUUUUUUAGCUGGAAAAAGAAUUAGGUGUUGUUUUUUUGAUGGUUAACAUCGACGAAUGUCUCGUGGAAAAACUUUACUGCGAUACAUCAUGUACCAACUUCCUCAAUAAGAGCAACGAACCGGCUGCUGUUUACACAAAUACCACGUCUUUUGUAGGCAUAAGAGCUGUGAUCGAUCCUUUCUGUCAGUGUGAACAGAGAGCAGCAACUAAAAUCACAUGCCAUAACGGUGGCACUCCAUUCCAAGAUGGGUAAGUUGCAUUUUUUGCUCGCAUGCAUUUUUUUUUUUAUAUAUAUAUACAGGCCAAUAUUUAAUACAUUUUUUUGAUUAAUUUAGUACUGGUUGUAAUUGUCCAAGCGGAUUUGACGGCCCGCGAUGUGAAAUCCUUAGUAUCGGAUUUUAUGGUGAAGGCUACGCUCUGUAUCCACCCUUGCAAUCAUGCAUGGAGUCUCACAUGUCUUUGAAUGUGCGCACAUCAGUCAAUCACGGUCUACUGUUUUACGCUGGACCGAGCAGUAUUAAACCGUCACUUUUAUCUGUACAAGGUCAAUAGUUAUGCAAAUAUUAUAAAUUUAACAUUAUUUGUUUAUUGUGUUUUUUUUUUUUUUUUUGUAAUAACUUGUUGUCUGUUUUUCGCACAGAUUUCAUGUCUUUGGAGCUUAAAAAUGGUUUUCCUGUACUGCUGGUGGAUUAUGGUUCAGGUACGCUGAAAAUCGAACAGACACAAAUAAAAAUAUCCGACGGACAACCACAUCAUAUUGAAAUCAUAUGGACCAAAACUGUAAUUACACACCUUAUCAUAUAUAUACUUAUGAGUUGUACUCACAACAUUUUACUUAACUUUUAGAGCAUUGAAAUGAAAGUAGACAGCUGUAAUCUGCCUUCAUGUCUGAGUCUUAGUCCUCCUAUCGGACCCAACGAAUUUUUAAAUGUAAACGGACCAUUACAAGUAGGUGGUUCAUUUGUCGAUCUUAAAACAAUAGCGGCAACUCGAAAUUGGACCUACAAGCCGUCCAGCAAUGGUUUCAACGGUUGUAUACAGAAUUUAACAUUCAAUGACCAUCUUUACAACUUGGGCACUCCAAGUUUAUCCCAUAACGUUGACAUAUCCUGUACACAUGGUACAGCGGUUGCUGUUUCAUUUGGUCUUGAUCCCAGCUUUUUGAUUGCUAUUUUUGUGUGUCUAAUUGUUUUAUUAAGUAAGUCAAAUUUUUUUUUUAUCACAUGACAGUUGUCUAAUCUGUGAUUUUUUUUCUUGUCCUUAUUUUAGUAUUACUACUUGCUGUUGUGGUGCACAGAAGAAAGUCUGACGAUUUGUACAAAGAUACUGAUGAUAUUAGAGAAAAUAUAAUUAACUACGAAGAUGAAGGUGGCGGCGAAGGAGACAUGACUGGUUAUGAUUUGAACGUCUUACGUCUUAUGUACGACGGCUCAGAACCCGUACAAGGAUUUGAUGAUGCAGGAAAUUUAAUACAAAAACGAGGUUUGUUUAAAACAAUGUUAAUUAAAUCAUAUUUUUAUUCCGAAUAUCUCAAGGGAUUAUUUAGUAUAUAUUUUAAAUGUAUUAACCACUUUUUAACACUAGUCAACACUUUUUUUUUUUUUUGAUUUCUCUUGUGAUUUCUAAAAAUAUUUGAUUUAGACUUUAUGAAUAAUAUAAUUCAAUGUUUAUUUAAAAAUGUGGACCUUUGCCACAAUUUCAUUGAUAACAAGUAAUAAAAUCUAUUUCAAUUUAAUAACAUGUUUGUCUUUAUUAUUUUCAUUUAGAAAACUACAACUUGUAUUCUUUUUUCUUUUUUUAAUACAAAAUCAUGUCAAUAUGUUCACAACAACAACUGUUUUUAUUGUUUGUUUCAUAUAUAUUAUCUUUUACAAUUAUUUUGGUAUCAAUAAAUGUAUUAUUAUUAUUAUUUUAGAACUGUAGGUGUGUAAUAUUUUAUUGAAAUUAUAUUUUAUUCUAUAGCACCAGACGAAGUACCAGACAUAUGUGGCUUCCUCGGUGAUAAACUGAACUCUGUAGACAACGAUCCUGAUUUAGGACCGUAUGAUGAUGUACGUAACUAUAUGUAUGAAGGUGAAGGAAAUUCAGUUGGAUCACUGUCUUCGUUAGCAUCAGGUUUGUUUUUAACAUUGAAUACUUUGUUUUUUAUUUUAUUUUUAACAUUUAAACGACACGUAUAUAGGUACGGAUGACGGUGACUUGAACUUUGACUAUCUGUCUAACUUUGGACCUCGAUUCCGUAAACUGGCUGAUAUGUACGGUGAAGAUCCAAGUGACGAAGAAAGUGAAACGUACCGCAACACUCAUCCCGAGUCGUGGUGCUAA